GGUCAGCUCUUGCAGUGCUGCAGAGGAGCUGCUCUAUUGUACUGUUUGCUGGUUUAAAUCAUGUUAGGAUUCAUAGUAUGUUUGUCCGAACAGGUAGCUCUGUGCACGGGAGUGAUGUUGCUAGCUUUAGCCAAUCUCAGAACCAGGGGCUGUGCUGUUUGCUAACAUUAGCUCUCGCUUGUUUCCCAUGUAAACAGACCGGGGAGCAGCAGCACGCUGCUUCCUGCUCUGCUCUCAAGGACGUGUGUCCUGCAUCAUCUGAUUUCAGGUUCCUGUGCAUUUAACCUAAGGCUUCCCAGGAAGUGGCUCACAGACGGUGCAGGUGGGGAGUGACGCCGCGUUCCUCACGAAUCAUGACGGACUUCCUGAGGGCAGCACACCGGCUCUUCCUGAAGAUCGUCCUGUUCCCCGGCUCGCUCCUUAGGACGGGCCCGCGGCCGCGCGCCUCCGAGCUGCUGACCUGCCCCCCGCGGCCGCGCGCCUCCGAGGUGCUGACCUGCCACCUGCUGCAGCGCCGCCUCCCGCCCUGGACCUCGUUCUGUGUCCGCUACAGCUCGGUCCACAACGACCAGUUCGGCCUGUCCAACUUCAACUGGGCAGUGCAGGGGUCCAACUACCAGAUCCUGAGGACCGGCUGCUUCCCCUUCAUCAAGUACCACUGCAGCAAGGCACCUGCACAGAACCUGGACUUUGAGAACAGGUUCUUCACCGCGCUGAAAGUGAUUAAUCUGGGGAUCCCCUGUCUGGCCUAUGGCAUUGGCUGCUGGAUGGUAGUGGGCGCUACAGAAACAGUGCAGACCAGUGUCGGACCUGUCACAGUCUACUUCGCCUACAAAGAAGAUGAAGGCUCACAAUAUUAACCCUAAGACUUUUUUGAAUCGUAAGAUCAUAUGUUAUAUAUUUAUUUAGUUGCUGUAUUUACAGCAUUUCCUCAGGUGGUGUUUCGGCAUCCGCUGUCACAAGUCUUCUCAUUGUGUGAGAGCACAGGUUCAGUUGUGUUUAAAUUAUUAAA